UUCCAACUUUUUAAUUUUAAUUUAAUGGCAACAUUAACCGGAAACAAGCAGUAACUCAUAUGUUUCAAUGUUUCACAACCUGCUCAAAACUCAGACAGCCAUCUUUUGUGGAAAAAUCAUUUGUUUCGUGUCGUCAGGGUAAAUUUCGCAAUUGUAAUUAAUGUCAGAGCCACAGUCUUCGCUUUUAUUGAAAAAGCAGCUAGCUGAACUGAACAAAAAUCCAGUAGAAGGCUUUUCUGCUGGGUUGAUAGAUGACAAUGACAUAUACAGAUGGGAAGUCCUCAUCAUUGGUCCUCCAGACACGUUAUACGAGGGUGGAUUCUUCAAAGCACACUUACAUUUUCCUAAAGAAUAUCCUCUAAGGCCACCGCGGAUGAAAUUUGUCACUGAAAUAUGGCAUCCAAAUAUUGAAAAGAAUGGUGAUGUUUGCAUAUCAAUAUUACAUGAACCUGGUGAUGACAAGUGGGGCUAUGAGAAAGCCUCCGAGCGGUGGUUGCCAGUGCACACAGUUGAGACCAUUCUUAUAAGUGUUAUUUCCAUGCUGGCAGACCCUAAUGAUGAGAGCCCUGCCAAUGUUGAUGCUGCGAAAGAAUGGAGAGAGCGAUAUUCGGAUUUCAAAAAGAAAGUUGCGAGAUGUGUUAGGAAAAGUCAAGAAGAUUGUUUUUAGGAGAGUGAGGGGAACUAGAUCACAAUAUGUUAUCAUUGGAGAAGGGCCACAUGUGACAACCAUACCAAAAGCAUACCACAUUGAAUAAUUUUCACGCUAGGUCGCUGCACGCACCAACCAGUUUUUACUCAGUCAAGACCCGCAUACGCCUUUAGUAGAUGAGUGCUCAUUCUGUUUCUUUUUACAGAAAGAAUGGAGAGAAUCAUAUUCGGAGUUUAAAAGGAAAGUAGCACAGUGUGUGAGAAAGAGCCAAGAGGAUUGUUCCUAAGUAACAGUGCCCUUUUUCAUUAAUUUAGUUGGAUAGUGAGUGUUUGGUGAUGCAGUUAGGACGUUGUUGAGAGCAGGCCCCGGCGUGACUCAUAGUGCGGGCCCACCCACCCGGGCCAGAGACAAUAUUGAAAUUGAUUUAAAAUAAAUACUUAUUGUAAUUAAAAGGUAUCGCUGCCGUAUUUUAUAAAUAAUAAAUUAAAAUAGAAUCCAAGGUCUUUUUCAUCUUUUUUAAGACAUGUUAGCUAG